GUGCCUGGAAUAGUUUACAUAACAAAAUAUUUCGAAUUAUGACGAAUCGGUUCAGGGAGUGCAGUCACUCGAUCGGCUGUGCAUUCGCCGGAGACGACGUGGGACUCCCGACCGGUCUAGACGUGCCUAGCUGGAACGAUGGUGGUGAUCAAAUACUCAACGCUAGUCCUGCUGAUUUUGGGCUUGGCCCUGGCCAGUGCUCGGUAUCAGCGUUACAUCUGUCAAGUGAUCGAGGAUGACUGGUGUACGCUGCAGAAAAUCUAUAUCACAUCUCGUACGGAUGUCCGAGGACUUCGAUUUCCAGAUGACCAAUUUGAUAAGAUCAGGAUAGGACAGCACUACGACUUUGCCGAUACCGAUAGUGUGGUGAGCAUUUUCUCAGCGGGUCUGUUCCGAAGAAUGAGCCGCGCUCGAUAUCUGCAGAUGAAUGCCGUACGAAUGCAGGGGCUUGAUAUGCCGGAUACUGUUCUGGAUCUGGACGUAUCCAACAAUUGGAUUUCUCGUAUCUACAUUGAUCCGGACAAAAGCUACAGUCUUCGAAAGUUAAAGAUGAAGAACAAUCUAGUGACAAGUGUGGCCAGUUUCAAAUAUCUCAACCAAUUAGAAGAACUAGACAUGAGUGAAAACCUAGUGCACUUGGUGAAUUUUGAGCUUUUCGCAUUCAUGCCGUAUAUAAGAAUCAUCGAUUUUGCUCACAACCGAUUGUUGGAAGUGCGACCGGGUGACAUAGACUUGGUUUUGUACUACCUGGAACGUUUGGACCUGGCAGAUAAUCAACUAAUUGGAAUCGGACUGAAGAAAUGGACGUUCCCGUCGCUCAGAAUGCUGAACGUCACGGGCAAUCCGAUUCAACGGUUAGACUACUUUGAGCUGCAACGUGCUUUUCCACGUUUGCGAAGAGUGACCUAUUGAGAGGAUCAGUGCAGGGCAUCAAUAGUGUGCGCAGCCGCAUAGCAUGUGAAAUCGAUUAACUCGUAUUCUGGGAAAUUUCCAAUCUGAACAAUAAUUAUACAAAUAAGAUGUCGUGUUGAAGAGGCGUGAAUCAGGCCUUGAGAUUAAUUAUAACCUGAUAUUAAUAAAGUGACAUUCACAGAAUUAAGAUGAAAGUGA